CGACACCCCUCUCUGCCUGCUUGGCCGCCGCUGUCGUGGAAAUGUAUGAGCGAGUGUAUUUUCCAACGUAGCAGCAUCCGGCUACGAGCAGGUUGAGAUCUGGCGAAGAAGGAGCCAUCUUUUUCUCUGCUUCCUGUUGCAAAGCAUGAUGGGCCUGUUUCUGGAGUCAGGGCCUGGUCUGACAACGGAGGCUCUCUGUCACCCAGGAAGUAAUCCCCCAACACACAGGAAGAUUGCUGAGGGCCAAAUUCUUUCGGAAAACAUUUCACACCUUUCCUUAGAGGGUGAAAAAACAUGUUUAUUGCUCCACACUGAUACUGUAUUACAAAGACCAGGGGGCUCCUGGGAUAGCUGUCCAGGGGUGCCUUUGAAGCCACUACAGGGGCUGUGCUUCAAAUGCUGGCAUCUCAGUUGUCUCCUGCCCAGCUACUCAUCAAGGCUUUAGCAUUACAAGGCCUCUCGGAGAAUUGAAAGAGUUUCCGAAACACAGAUUUAUGAUCUCAAGACAUCAAAGAGGCGACGCAGCUCAGCAUCCCUGAAAGGAGGAAGGCGGCUGUCACGUCGGCAGGGGCUGUGCUUCGCAUCGGAUGCAGGAGGGAGUGGAAAGAGGAGCCAGGCCUUGCUGGCUGUGUGGUGUAUGUACUGUAUACGGCACUUUACAGCAGUGUCAAAGUGGCUCUUGGAAGCAGAGAGAGUCGCUGAGGGACCUACAGUGCUGGGGCCAUGGUGGAGAGCAGACACCUGGAGAAGAGAGCUUUAUGGAAACGCCUGUCAUUGGACAGCAGCCUGGUGGAGUGCAUGGACUCCAAUAAGUGUAUAGAGGAACUGCUAAAACAGUUGGAAGAGGAACGCAGGAAUGUGCGAAGGGAGAAGCUGGCAGCGGCCCGGUUGCAGCGCGAAGUCGCACGAAGCAAAAGCGAAGGAACAAUGCGUGAGAAGCUGAUACAUGAAUUGGAGGAAGAGAGACGCCUGAGACUCGAGAGUGAGAAGAGACUGCAGGAGGUGAUUGUGGAGUCCGAGCUCAGCAGAGCUCAGAUGGUUUCAAUGCAACAGCAGUUCUCCAGGAUGGAAGAGACAGUGCGGAAUUUGCUGCAGACUCAGGGGUCUCUGGAGCAGACUGCUGUGGACACUGUGGACAUUAUGAAGGCCUAUAAGGAUAAGCUUUCUGAAGAAGUGAAAAGGCAUAAGCAGACCACGGAGGACAUGCGCCUGGCCGCUGAGGAAGAUUCUCAGAGCGAAGGCAGCAGUGCAGAAGAGGAGAGAGAUAAGACAAAGCAGCUCCUGGAACGCCUGCGAGCCCUGGAGGCAGAAAACUCGGCCCUGGCUUUGGAAAAUGAAAACCAGAGAGAACAGUAUGAACGCUGUCUGGACGAGGUGGCAAAUCAAGUUGUCCAGGCAUUGCUUACUCAAAAGGAUCUCAGAGAAGAAUGCCUGAAGCUGAGGACGAGAGUGUUUGAUCUCGAGCAGCAGAAUCGAACGUUGAAUGUUCUGUUCCAGCAGCGGGUUCAACCAGCCUCUGGUUUGCUGCUUCAGAAACUACACUCUCGAAUCAUGGAUUUGUCAUCUGGAGAUCUACUGUUGGAAACAGAGAGAAGUAAAGGUUUCCUGCAGCCCCGAAUUCCAGAAAUUCCACUUCAUGAAUCCCAGCAGAAUGUAAAACCUGGAAUUUCCAUCAUGAAAUGCCAGAGUCAAUUAAGUUUGACAGUACCUACUCAACUCUACCCUCGCAGCAGCUGUAGCAGCAGUGAACUAUCCCUGUCAAGUGCCUGCAGCGAAUACUCCAGUGGUUCCUGCACGUGGAAUGAUGGAAAAUCUUGCAGCAAAAUGUCAUCACUGACGUGGGAGAAGAGAGUAAGCAUUGGCUCUUCAGCCCCGAGCAACAUUUCCUGUCCCGCCGAAGAACAGCCCCCUACCAGGAAGAAAGAGAGUCACAUCCUUGAAGGUUUGAAGAGGCUUCAAAAAAGGAAGCCAAUGGAACCAUCUUCCCUCAAAUCCAAAUGGGGGUACAAAGACUGCAUGAACUCUAAUGAAGGGAUCUAUUCCCCUGGGAUAAAGUGUGGAGGCCAGGGUGCCCUCAAGUCCCAGAUGCCAUGCAAAACUACAGGACUAUGCACAAAACGUGAACAUGGCAAAAAGUUCACAUAUGAGUCUGACUCUCACGAUGAUGCGGAUGAUGAAUCCACGAAUGCUCCCUCUUUAUGCCAAGAGAUUCCUAUAAAAGACUGUAGGACAUACUCCAAGAAGCUAACCCACAGCGUAUCUGAUAGUCUAUUCAGCUGGGAGUAUAGUGGGAAGUCAGUGACAGGGAAGCCUUCAUACUUCAACUCAAAGGAAAGACCAGAGAAACUAACAAGCUUUAUCAAUGGCUUUCUUCCUGGGGAGAAGAACUGUGCAAUUCUCAGCCCCCCUGUCCUUCAGUGUGAACCUAGCCCAACAGAGAGGGACUGUGCUCUCCAGCUUUCAGACUUUGAUGACUUGGAAGUCUUGGAGGACUUGCAUGUGGAAAGUGGAGACGAGAAGACCACUGCAGUACACCAGCUGGCAGAGAAACAAGCUGAAGACACUAAGAGGCUAUCAAAAGAGAUGGACAAAGAGUUCACUCUUCAGUGUCAAAAAUAUCAGAGCAAAUCUCAGCAACCAGACAGCAGGCCAAAGACUUUUAAUUUGAUAAAGCAGCAUAAGGUAGUGAAAAAUGCAUUGUCUGAAGAAUGUAUUACUGUAGUAUUUGAUGCGGAAGACGGGGAGCCUAUUGAGCUCAGUUCACAGCAGACUGGAGUCAUUUCUGUGACUAGAAAUGAGAUUUCAGUAGGCCAGCAGCAGACCGUAUCCACUGCUGAAUAUACUAAACUGAUACCUCAGGGAAAGUCUAAUUGUCAGAAAGGAAGCAAUGCAAGAAACUACACACUCUUAGAAUCCCCUGAAAACCAAGCUGAGCAUCAGCCUGACAAUAUGGCAGAAAGGAGUGUUAUUCUCUCGAGUGCAUGUGCCGACACAAGUUCUGAAAGAGUGUUGUCACACAUUCCUCAACAACAAAAAUUAAUAAAACCCAUCUAUAGCAGUGUUCACAAAGUCAAUUCAUCUAUGCAGAAUGCUUCCACUCAAAAGGCAAACCUGACCAAAAUACCAAGCAGAGGUAAAGGAUCCCCACAGAAGGUGUCUAAAGUGUCUGCUGCUGAAGCCAGCAAUAACAGUGGGACCUCCACUUCUUCUUUUCAAGAGAAGUCACCAUCUUCUCCUCCAGUAAAGUUGUCAAGGUAUAUAAAACCUCAUGGAGGCAGUUGUAUUCAGAGCCCAAAAGCAGAACUUGGAGUUUCAAAGUACAGUUGCCCACCUCAGCAAAGCUCCAAGAUUCCCAACAGGAAUGAGUGGGGAAAGAGCUCUUCCACUGGAAAUUCAGGAUCCCCCCUUUUACCUAGACGACACAUAGAGCCUGUUGACUACGGGGAACAGCCAACCAGAGACAGGCUCUGUGACGCUAGACAAACUGAACUCAGGUCUCCCUCCCCUCCUCCCCCUCCAGGACGAUCUGCUUCCUUACUUAUAAGACCAAACUAUGAAAACACACCUGUCGCACUUAAACCUGGGGCUCAUCUCACUGGAGCAAAUGCUUUAAGAGGAACUCCCCAUUUAUCUCAAAUACACCAUCAACACCAACCACCUCUACCUGAUAUGCAACAUUUAAACUCUCCUAAGGGGCAAUAUAUAAUGGAACCAGAUGCAAGUCAUUGUACAGAAAUAACACCUCAAAAGCUAGUGGAAAAUGCCAAUCAACACCUGCAAAAGUCUCCAGGGAUAAAUCAGACCCCAACGAAAGGAUCACCUAAAAGGGCUACAGCUAAACUGUACCACCCUUCUUCUGGAUUUGGUUACGUCCCAGAUUUCCAAGAAUCUGCAUCCAAAAGUUCUAAGAAAGUGCCCUGUUUCUAUAACUCUCAGAAAGGCUUCUCACUGCAAAGCACAUUCUCCAGUAAGAAAGGGCAAACUCCUGAGAAUGGGUUUCCUCUACCAUAUAAAACCUCUAGCAGCUUGCCAAUUUCACUGCAGGGUCACUCACCAAAUACUCCUGAGUCACAGAGCACUCAGAGUUCUCAGGUGUCCCCAACCUCCUCUAGUGUUGGAAUUAUUCCUCAGAGCUCUGAAGAGAAACUUUCAAAGACACGUAUUCCCAUUGGCCUCAAGGCCCUUGUGAAAUCACCUCCUUUGCUGAGAAAAAGUUAUACGGUGCCAGGAAAACAGGAGAAAGAUAGUAUCAAUUCAGCUUCCAAAGGGACCAUGACAGCAAGCCAUUUUAGUGAAUGUGAUACAUCAGAGGGAAUUGCGGAUUUUGAAAUGGAGACGGCAAAGUCGGACCAGGAGAUCAAAAGUGAAACUCACAGCAACCCAUUAAGCGUGGAAACACUGGAAACAUCUGUAGUGUCUGAAAAUGGAAGCCCUGUUUGUGCUAAAGGGGAUGGAGAAAGCAGACUCUUUAAGAGGUCAGUUUCAGUUACAAAUAAAGCUCAUUUAAAGCCUGCCCUGGGGAUGAAUGGGGCCAAAGCUCGUAGCCAGAGCUUUAGUACACAUUCCGGGGAGAAACCUAGCGCCAGUAUAUUGGAAGGACCUGGAAAGAUACGGACUCAAAUAAUAACAAAUACAGCCGAAAGAGGCAACUCCUUGACAAGGCAAAAUUCGUUAAUUGAUGGGUUUCAGCUUAAGCCUGCCACCGGCCAGAGUGAAAGUCCAUCCCAUUCUCCAAGAGGUGUUGACGUCUCCUACAACAGGCAGGGGUCUCAUGGAAGCAUGAGCAGUCCAAGUAAAAUAGCUUUGAGAACCACCCCCAAGGGCGAUGGCUCUAAAAACACUUCAGUGGGUGAUGGAAGCAAGUCUCCACCACAGAAAGAAGCACGCAGUCUACCUCUCGCUGAUAGGUUUGGACUUAAAAAUUCUAGACGACCUGUUAAAGUUGCAUCACAUCCUCUGUUUGAUACUGUAUCGUCUCCUGUCUUCAGCACUGAGCAGACACCAGAAGCUAAUGGAAGCAGGUUGUUUAGCCCUAACCGGAGUGAGCUGGUUAGGCCUCUGAAAAAACAGGACCCAACUAAAGGGCCAGAAAUAACUGAAAACCCCGUGAGUCCUUCAGUAUCCACAAUAGAAGAGAAGGUUAUGAUGGGCAUCCAGGAGAACAUGCAAAAAGGCCAAGUUCAGGACAAGCCACAAGCCUCGGAAACAAAGCAGAAGACAGGCUCAACCUUGGCGAGCUGGUUUGGCUUCCGGAAAAGCAAGCUUCCUGCUCUGAGUGGCAAGAAAACAGAUGCGUCUAAAGCAAAAGACGACAAGAAAGAUAUCAAGAUUGGAUCAGUAUUAGGAGGCAAGCAGAUGAAGUCUGACAAAAAGAAAGAUAAGAAGAAACAUGAGCCGCAAUGUAAAUAUAGUCAAGAGCAAACAAAGAAGGCAGAGAAUAGUGAUAAACUGGGUUCAAUAAUGGAUCAUUGUAACAGUCAGCAAGGACAACCCAUGAAGCAGAUACAGCGUUCUGCAACCUGCGUAGGAAAGGAUCAGUUCAUGAAGGAGCUACUGAACAGAGUUGAUAAGAAAGCUGCCCAGCUGACAGAAAAUGGAUCAAAUCAUGUUUCCUACAGGACUGUGUCGAAGGGCAGCUCCCAGGGCCCAGCUCUGCCCAGCAUCUCUAUCAACUCCCAGGGAAACCAGAAGAAAAACAAUGAAAUUAAGGGAGAUAUGGAGAUUCAGAGCGGAGCUGUGAUCAAGCCUGUGCCGCAAAAGAUCCACAUUAUAACUGAUAAUGAUGAAGAACCGACUAUGGAGCCUACUUGUCAAGACCACAUGAUAGGGUCGAGUUGCCAGAUGAGAACCCUGGACAGUGGGAUAGGAACUUUCCCCCUCCCCGAUUCUGCCGACAGGGUGACUGGAAGACACCUCCCCAAGUCUGAAUCCAACCCCGAGAGAGUGCUUAGUGUUUCCCCUGAACCUACGGAACACCACGCCCUCGCUGCGUUGCCAAAAGCCACAACCUUAGAAAGAGAAGUGCCUUCAAACUGCGAAACCUGUCAAGAUGAUCCAAGCAGUAUUGGUCAGUCCCUGUCAGACCCCACUGUGGCUCCUUCUAGAUGCGUAUUACAGAGGCACCUUUCCACUCCUACCAUCUCAGGCAUAAUGAAGCCCCAGAGACCAAGCGAGAAGGAGCACAUCACUGUCCCUGCCAGGAUUCCAGAAGGCCAUGAGAAACACACAGAAAAGAGCAGGAACAGCAAGGAACACAACAACCUACAAACGGACAGAGUACUACGGGUGUGUACAUACUCAGGCAGCAGCAGUGGUACCGAAACGGAGUCCGAAUACGAAUUGCAUGAGCCUGGUCCUGAUGUACUGGUUGGCCAAAUGAAGAAACACAACCAAGAUGACCAAGAUGAGCAAGUGGUAAAGAAGAUUGUGGCUGGAAACUCAAUGUCAAUUAUGGACUUCUAUCAACACAAGGUCUACACACAUUAUGGGGAAGAAGGACACAAAGAUGUCCCACAAUACAGCUUUGAGCACAAGGAGUCUAGCACUGACACAAUGGCCGAAGACAACCCAUGUGAAACGAAGCAAGUGGAAGAGAAGAAACAAGGGCCUAAGAUGUCAGACUUUUCUAAAAUCUCCCUGGAGUCUCUUAACAAAAUCAACAGCAACAGCGGGCCCUUUGUGGAGAAAGAAAGGAAGACGAUAAGCAAGGCUGAUGGGGCAAAAGAUGAACAUUGCGGGACUGAAGAAGCUUCUUCAAGUUGUUCUGAUAAGCCUGGUGUGGACAAUCUGGAAUCACUGAGUGAUUCUUUAUAUGAAAGCUUUUCCUCUUGUGCCAGUCAAGGCUCCAAUGAUGUAUAGAGAUAUAGAGACAUGCAGGUACAUACGGGGGGGUUCUUCCCUGUGGAGCACUUAAUCUAGAAGGAGGAGUUGAUGGAAUUAUAAAAAAGAACAUUCCCAGUGUUGCAGAGAAUGAAAGCACACUGUAAUUGUCACUGUAAGAGCAGCAAUAUUUGAAAUCUGCAUUUCAUGGCAGAGUGUACAAUUUCUGAGAUUUUGAGGAAAAUUGCACUGUUAUAAAUACUGUACAAAGAUGCCUGUAAAUUCAAAUCAAAAAUAUAUUUGUAGCAAAAUGAAAGAAAGCAAUAAAUAGUAUUUCGGUGCCAUCAUCUGGGUUUACAGAUUUGUCUAAAAUACAUGGUUUGUUAACUUAUCUGUAAUUUCGUUUAAAAUCAUCCAUAUUUUAAUAGAUGUACUGUAAUCUGGUUUUGGAUAAUGAAUGAGGCAAAAGGAAAAUCUCUUCUGUGGGUCGUAGAUUAACUGUUAAACAAGGAGGACAGCAAAUACAGAAAAACUUACUGGCAGAUAAUAUUGAUUAGGCUAUAGUUAUGCAUACCCACUUCCCUCACUUGAAUGAAAAUCCAUAAAAACUGAGUUCUUUGAGAGCGUGAUCUUUAUUUUCAUUGUUGCCGAUAUAAGAUAGUAAUAGAUAAUACAUCAGAAAAUCACUAUAGGCUGCUGAUAUUUAUAAAACUGAGUUUAUUUUUACAGUUUUUAUUUUAAAGGGCAUUUACUUUUAUAGAGAGUUGAAACCAAAUUUGAAAGAAAGACAAAGAAUUUGUUUGACUAUGAAACUGAAGCACAUACUGUACUUCUCCUAAAUAUAGAAAACCAGAGAAUCGAAGGAAGUUAAACCAAUUUUGAAAGGACGAGCUUCCAUUAUUUUUUUGGAAGAAUGAUUGACAGCAAGAUGUGGCUUUCAAUCAUCAUUUAAUGAACCUGGCUGGACCAAGUGAAAAUAUUUGUUAAAGUAAUUCGGGUUUUUAGAUUAGGGAUGUGAGAGAUUACUUCAAAGUUAGGGUAACUUUAAGGAGGGUAUAGUGUGAUUGAGGUAUACCAUCAAUCAUUUCAAAUUUACUAUUUCAGAAAGACUUUCUUAAUAACAGUACAGCUAAUGACAUUCAGAUUUUCCAAUGCACAACAUAGUGAGGUAUGUGUACUCCAAUUUACCUUUAUCUUAAAGAAAACAAGAAAUACUAUAAACAUUUUUAUACACUGGAAUUUUCACAACUGUGCUGUCAAGUCAAUGUGAAAAAGUAGGCAUGACAAAGUUCUUAAUAAAUUUGUAUAGAAUACUUUUUAUGCAGAAUAUAUUACUAGCUUCUACAACAACAGUACAGAUUUGCAGCCGAAUAUCGCCUCAUUUCAUUUUCAUUGUCAUUUCUAUUCUGUUUUUAUGUGUAAACAGUGCUCUUUGAAGUGCUGUUUGUUAAUAAUUCUGUUACAAGAUCAGACACAAGCCAUCAGGGACUGAUAGCAUGCACAAAAAUAUAGAUCCUUAAAUUGUAUGUGACAAUAGUUGCUUUGUAAACUGUUCUUUGUCUUGAACAGUUCUUUUAAAUUGUUCUGUUUUAGUUUUUUGAGAAACCUGAAAGUGUGAAGGUCUGUAAAUCUUUUAUUUUAAAUUGUUGUUCUGUAAAAACUAUUAGCACAACCAACAUCACCUUAACUCAUAAUGUUCUGGGUUUUUUUAAAGUCUUGACCAAAAUCCACAUAUACAGUAUACAGAUCACUUUAACGGUGCUAACAAAGAAAACACACUGUAUUUCAUUUUUUUUCUAUGAAACUGUGUUCAUAUGUAAGGAGAGAGUCUAUUUCAAAUGACAACUGUAUUUUUCUAGCUGUGAUGUAUUUAUACCUACUUUUGUAUAUGCAACUGUAAAGUAGCGUAUUGUAUUAUUUCUGAAUUUUUCCAUUAUUGUUAAAUUUUAAGAUAAUAUGGUACCAACAGUGUUACUUUGGUAAUUGUGCAAUUUUUUGCUUUUACAGUAGAAUUUUAUGCCAUAUUUUAUGUAAUGAUGUUGUCAUAA